GCAUUACAGUGUUUCUGCCAACUUUGCACAAAAGACAAUUUUACUUGUGUCACAGAUGGACUCUGCUUUGUCUCUGUCACAGAGACCACAGACAAAAUUAUACACAAUAGUAUGUGUAUAGCUGAAAUCGACCUAAUUCCUCGAGACAGGCCAUUUGUAUGUGCACCAUCUUCAAAAACUGGGUCUGCUACUACAACAUACUGCUGCAAUCAGGACCACUGCAAUAAAAUAGAACUUCCAACUGUUGGAAAGCCAUCACCUGGCCUUGGUCCCGUUGAACUGGCAGCUGUCAUUGCUGGACCAGUCUGCUUCGUCUGCAUCUCACUCAUGUUGAUGGUCUAUAUCUGCCAUAACCGCACUGUCAUUCACCAUCGAGUGCCAAAUGAAGAGGAUCCUUCAUUAGAUCGCCCUUUUAUUUCAGAGGGUACUACAUUAAAAGAUUUAAUUUAUGAUAUGACAACAUCGGGGUCUGGAUCAGGUUUGCCAUUGCUUGUUCAGAGAACAAUUGCAAGAACUAUUGUGUUACAAGAAAGUAUUGGCAAAGGUCGAUUUGGAGAAGUUUGGAGAGGAAAGUGGAGAGGAGAAGAAGUUGCUGUGAAAAUAUUCUCUUCUAGAGAAGAACGUUCAUGGUUCCGUGAGGCAGAGAUUUAUCAAACUGUAAUGUUACGUCAUGAAAACAUCUUGGGAUUUAUAGCAGCAGACAAUAAAGACAAUGGUACAUGGACUCAGCUCUGGUUGGUGUCAGAUUAUCAUGAGCAUGGAUCCCUUUUCGAUUAUUUGAACAGAUACACAGUUACUGUGGAAGGAAUGAUAAAACUCGCUCUGUCCACAGCAAGUGGACUUGCCCAUCUUCAUAUGGAGAUUGUUGGUACCCAAGGAAAACCAGCCAUUGCUCACAGAGAUUUGAAAUCAAAAAAUAUCUUGGUAAAGAAGAACGGAACUUGUUGUAUUGCAGACUUGGGACUGGCAGUAAGGCAUGAUUCAGCCACAGAUACAAUUGAUAUUGCUCCAAACCACAGAGUGGGAACAAAACGGUACAUGGCCCCUGAAGUUCUAGAUGAUUCCAUAAAUAUGAAACACUUUGAAUCCUUCAAGCGUGCUGACAUCUAUGCAAUGGGCUUAGUAUUCUGGGAAAUAGCUCGAAGAUGUUCCAUUGGUGGAAUUCAUGAAGAUUACCAGCUGCCUUAUUAUGAUCUUGUACCUUCUGAUCCAUCAGUUGAAGAAAUGAGAAAAGUUGUUUGUGAACAGAAGUUGAGGCCAAAUAUUCCAAACAGAUGGCAGAGCUGUGAAGCCUUGAGAGUAAUGGCUAAAAUUAUGAGAGAAUGUUGGUAUGCCAAUGGAGCAGCGAGGCUUACAGCUUUGCGGAUUAAGAAAACUUUGUCACAACUCAGUCAACAGGAAGGCAUCAAAAUGUAACUCUGCGGCUUUGCCUGAACUCUCCUUUUCUUCAGAUCUGCUCCUGGGCUCUAAUUUGGGAGGUCACUUGUUCUACCUCACUGAGAGGGAAUGGAAGGAUAUUGCUCCUUUUGCAACAGUGUAAUAGGUCAAUUUAAAACUUCCCGUGGUUUCUUUGGGCCCAGGAAUCAGCCAUGUGGGUCCUUUCUGUGCACUAUGAACUCUUCUUUCCCAGGACAGUUACAAAGUGUUGUAUAGUCUACCUUUAUUUUUUAUUAAUACAAAACUUUUUGUUUUUUAAAGCUAAAAUUGCUGGUCUUAACGUUAGGUAACUCUGCUGUGCUGAAGAUCGUCGUUAAGGGUAAAGGAGCUGGAUUGCUGAGUUGCCCGAAGCAUUUCUCAUUUUUAAAGAAAGUAAUUUACUCCUGGUUAGUACAUUCUCAGAGGAUUCUGAACCACUAAAGAGUUUCCUUGAUUCAGACGUUGAAUGUACUGUUCUGUAAAUUUCAGGAUCUUAAAACUAACACUUAAAAAACUCUUAGCUUGAGUCUAAAAAUGACCUCAUAUAGGAGUGAAGAACAUAAUUUAUGCAAUUUUAUUUUGUAUACGAUUACCGUUCUUUCAUAUAUUCAGAAUAUUACAUGCCUUCAAAUGGGAUUGUACUAUACCAGUAAGUGCCACUUCAGUGUCUUUGUAAUGGAAAUGAGUGGAAUUGCUUAAAGUCUGUGCGUGUUAAAACCUGUAGUGUUCCAAUUCAGAUAGUUUAUCUGGGUAAACCAGACAUUUUCUCUUUUGCUUUUUUUUGCAGAGUUUUUCUGAUGUCAUUUAGUAUUCCAGUUUGAAAAUGCCUUUCUCCUACCAGAAUGUGCUUAAACCAC